CCUGAAAAGCAUAAAAAUCCGGGGGAAGAGAAGAGAAGACAACUGAAAAACAAAAAGUCAAGCAGGGGAAGGAAGAGAAUUGAAAAGCAUGAGCGGCUCCACUCCGGUUCUUAAAAAGCCAAAACUCGAAGUCACAGAAGAAGAAGAUGGAGAAACCAGAAAUGGGAAUUGCAGGGAGGAGGAUGGCAACGACGAGGAACGGACGACGAGGCAAGAGCAAGAAGAAGCGCUCGUCGCUCUCAUCGAACAUCGCGCCAAAGAAGUCGAACAUCUCCGCAAUCGCAUCACCUAUUACCAAUCCCAGCUUGAGCAAGCGGAGAAGAGGUUAGGUGAUUCGAAAAUUCAGCUGGCUAGAAUUAGGGGUUGGGGUGGUACCUCGGCGUCCAAAACUAGUGUUGGAAAUGGUAUGGUAGUGGCAAAAAUGGAAGAAAGAUCCAAAAGUCCUGUCAAGAGUAGUGAAGUACCUCUGCAAAGCCUUUCACAGAGUAAGCCACAGUCUGGUCUAGAAGGUAUUAAGACUGCACGAAAUGGUGAGGGACCUCAGCGUGAAUCAACGAGUCCUUCCCAGCACCUUCAACAAUCUUCAAAAAUCCAAUCUCAGUCUAGACCCCCACUUUUAAUCCCCGCGGCUAACACUCAAGUAUCUCAUCCUAUAAAGAAGAGAGAAUCUGGAUCUAAAGCUUCAAAUAGUAUUGGUUCACAGCCCAAUACAGUGAGCGAAGCUAAUGCGAACAGACCAAAAGGGGAUAGACCUUCCAGGACAUCCCCUCAACCGGAUGUUGCUGAGAGUCAAGCUAAUGCGAACAGAUCAAAAGGGGAUAGAUCUUCCAGGGCAUCCCCUCAACCGGAUGUCGCUGAGAGCCAACCUAAGCAGACAAAAAGGAAGUUAGAGCUGAAAGAACAUAAACCGCUGAUUCCGGUUGUACGAAAAAAUGACUCACCAAGACUGAUUCGUUGCCAGACUGGCUCGCUGAUGUCUAGUCAGCACAAAAGGAAGUUGAGAAGUCUUAUUUUGUGCCCUACAAAUGAUCAACUGUUUUCAACCAGCUCAUUGGAUGGGGUAGUUAACUUGUGGCAGAUCCAAGGCAGAGGAUCAAGUGCCAACCUCUUAAGUUCAACUGAUUGUUAUGCUAAGAGGAGAUGGCCUGAAGAUAUGGCUUGGCAUCCUCAGGGAGACCGCAUAUUUUCAGUUUACAGUGCUGAUGCUGGGGAUACUCAGAUAUCCGUACUGAAUUUGAACAAAACUAAAGAGAGAGAGCGUGUGAUUUUCUUAGAAGAGAAGCCACAUGUUAAAGGCAUCAUCAACAGCAUAGAGUUUAUGCCAUGGGAAGAUACCUGUUUCGUCACCGGGGGCAGUGAUCAUGCUGUCAUCCUCUGGACAGAGAAUGAUGGGGAAAUUUCAUGGAAAUGCAAAUCUUUGCAUAGAAGUUAUCAUUCCUCUGCCGUAAUGGGCGUUGCUGGGAUUCAGCAUAAGAACAUUGUUAUCUCUGUUGGUGCUGACAAAAGAAUUUAUGGCUUUGAUAUAGAAGCUAUGAGGUCAGAUUACAAGCAUCAAAUUGAUAGCAAAUGUAUGAGUGUUCUGCCAAAUCCAUGCGACUUCAACCUUUUCAUGGUUCAGUCUGGGAGCCAUGGUAGACAGCUUCGUUUGUUUGAUAUUAGAUCGAGGCAAACAGAGAUCCAUGCAUUUGGGUGGAAGCAAGAAAGUAGUGAUUCUCAAUCAGCUCUAAUAAAUCAGGCGUGGUCCCCUGACGGGUUGUACAUUACUUCUGGAUCAGCAGACCCAGUUAUCCAUAUAUUUGAUAUCCGGUACAGGGGGCACGACCCCUCCCAGUCCAUCAAAGCUCAUCAGAAGAGAGUUUUCAAAGCUGUUUGGCAUAAUUCUCUACCCCUCAUGAUAUCUAUAUCUUCAGACCUCAACAUUGGACUGCAUAAGAUUCUUUAAAUGUUUCUUUUGGGUAAUCAUCUUAAGGUCGAGCAUUGGCGCGAUUAUUAGGUCUCUUCUGUGACUUCCUGUUUACAAAUCAAAUCCGAAAACAUAACUCUUCAGAAUUAGCUAUAGGAUGAAGCAGUGUAGAGCCAUCUCCCAACCCCCAUACACUUUUGGCGGGGUUAGGUGGCUAGUGUUCUUCAAUAGAAAGAUAUUUUGUGUACACGGGUGACGGGUCUAGUUCUUUUAUAGAAUGUCAAGUACUCAUUUCCUUUCCCCUCUAAAGAAAAUUAGGAGUGGAUGUAAUUGACUUGUGGAUUUUGGUCUCUUUCGAUUUGGGGAAGGAAGAAUGCCCAUCAUGAUCAUUUUGACAUUGUAAAUGCCAAAAUCCAACUGGAUUUUUGAAUCAAAUUUUUCAAUGAAAAAUGGUAAAACAGAAAGGACAUUCAUAUUCAUAUAGUUCCUACUUGGCUGUUGAGUUCCACCGGCAAAUGAGAC